AUGCUUCAACAUCAUGCUGCUGCCGAAUUUAAUUAUAAAGGAGCGGCUGUUCCUCUCGAAUAUUCACAACAAAAGGUUUGCCAAGUAGUUGUGGGACUUGCACAAUAUAAACUUCUCUCGGAGAAGAAGAGUAUUUCUGUGAUGGAGCAGGAAUUGAUCCAUACAUGUACAAAUAGUGCUGCAUUCAAUAGAAACCAAACCAUGAUGAACACGUGUCACGAAUUGGUCAUUUCCUUCUUUCCACACGUUCUGAGUGAAAUGAUUGCAGAUCAUUCACCCAAGACAAUUUGCCAAAGACAAGACAGAGGCUACAAGUUGGUCAUGUCACAAGUGAAGGAUGAGAAUAGAACAAAGUAUAUUUGCAAUGUUUGUCAAUUGAUUGUUUAUGAAGUCGAAUUAUUUAUCGCACAAAAUGAGUCCAUGACACAACUCACUCAUAAAUUAGAGGAAGUCUGUACAACUGUACCUACAGCCUAUCAAGCCAUUUGCAUCUACACGGUUCAACAAUACCUUCCAACAUUUAUUGAAGAGGUUGAACAUGAAUUGUCUCCAUUGGUUAGUUGUCAAGAAAUUGGUUACUGCCCAGAGAAUCCAACCGAUAGUAAGAGAAUUGAUCAUUCUCCACCCAUCAAGAUGAAACGAGCAAAUACUGAGAGAAUAGCUUCCAGGUUAAUCUCCAUCAAGUCCAUUCUAAAUAAAUGA